UAUAAUGCUUAGUGAAUAGAUAGUCAAUCCUGAACCAAGGAUAGCCACUUAAUUCGAGAAUAAAUUAGUGUGUCAUAUAUGCGAUGAUGAUCUCGAUCGUCCAAAUCAUUGGUAUGACUAAUUUAUUAUAUUAGUGAUUUUUGUGGUAAAUCCACUUGCUCCAAUUGUAUAGUGAAGAGACGAAAAUCCUAAGAUGAUGCUUUUCAUCCCGUUUGUGAAUAUUGCGAACGUCUCUUCCUUGAACGCAUCCUAAUAUUGAGUGCCAAAAAGUAAAAGGAUGAUUUGGCCAUUUCUUUGGAUAAAGCAAAUGCUGAAUUGGCGAACAAAAGACAAUAGCUUUAUUCAUUUAAGAAUGUGUUUCAUAAUAACCCAGAAUCAAUAACUUCAGAGCAAAAGAUUCAAAAGCUAGAUGAGGAUAUCAUUGAAGCCACAUAUCAAAAAAAUUUAUUAAUAUCACAACUGCAAGAAAUAGAAUCAGAGAAAAUAUAAAUUAAAUAAUCAAAUAUAGAGAAGACUCAGAGUGUAGAUAUGAAAUAGGUGAAAUUGCAGGAAACAAUUAAUAAGGCAUAAAAAGCGAAAGAUGAAUUAGAAGACAUCCAAAGACAAAUUGAUGAGUUCUUGGCGAACCUACCAAUCUUAGAUGCAGAAUAAAAAUCAGCGAUUACUUAGUUGGACUUCUCCAAUUACGAAUAAAUCUUUAGAGGCAGUAACUUGCCUGAAUUAAUGAAUUAACAAGCCAUAAAAUAAAGUUAAAUCAUGUAAUAGCCCAGUAGCAAGAAAAAAAAGGAGGAGAACAAGGAGUGUAUUAUCUAUUGA